CCGUUCAUCAAAAUACAUUUUUAACCAAAGAGACGCUAAUAGAGAAAGCUUCUUUCUUUCUCUUCUCUUCACGUGAUUCUGAGCAUCAUGCAGGUUUUGAGUCCCCGACAGCUGCUUCUCAGUUCUUACAUCCUUUUGUCAUGAAGCGCUCGCUCUUCCAUUCCCUCCCAUCACCCUCUCCUUUUUCCUUUCAAAUCAAAUCCUAAGCUUUUAUCCUUCGGGGAAUGAAAUUGACCGUGCGUCUCUACCCUUUUGAGAAACAGAGACAGCCAAACGCGUUUCUGUGAUUUUCCUUUACUGCCUGUGUUAAUAUUUUUGAGAGAGAAUGCUUCAUCUUCUCCUAUCAAAUGCCUUUCUUCUUCUAUCAUUGAGCUCCAUAAUCAUGGUUUCUGGCUCUUUUGCUUCAGCAGUGAACUCACCACAGCCUUCAGAUGCCACUGCGCUUCUCGAUUUCAAAUCAAAAGCUGAUUUGAGAAAUCACCUUCCAUACUCUCAAAAUACAAGUUUCCUUUUCUGUCGAUGGCGAGGAGUGAUAUGCUUUCAAGAUAAAGUGGUGCGCCUCGUUGUCCAAGGCUUAGAUCUCGGUGGUGUUUUCGCUCCCAACACUUUGACUCGCCUUGACCAGAUUCGUGUCCUCAGUCUACAGAACAACUCCCUCAACGGACCCAUUCCUGAUUUGUCCAAGCUUUUCAAUCUCAAAUCCUUGUUUCUUGAUCGAAACUACUUUUCAGGUUCUUUUCCUCCUUCAAUCCAUUCUCUUCACAGACUCCGUACUCUUGAUCUGUCACAGAACAAUCUAACAGGACCACUACCCACCUGGCUAACCUCUCUAGACCGCUUGUACUACCUACGUCUCGACAGGAACCACUUCUAUGGCAGCAUCCCUCCAUUAAACCAGUCAUCUCUACGAACAUUCAAUGUUUCAUACAACAACUUUACUGGUGCAAUCCCAGUUACCCCCGCAUUAUUACGUUUUGAGCUCUCUUCAUUUUUGUCAAACCCGAGUCUUUGUGGAGAGAUUAUACACAAAGAAUGCCAUCCCAGUCCUCCAUUUUUUGGUCCAUCGCAAUCUUCACCAGAGAUAUCACCGCCACCUUCAGUGGCGCUUGGCCAAAGCGAAGAAUUACACGGUGUUGAAUUGUCACAACCGAAUACCAGUACCAAACAUAAGAAAAUGGCAGUGAUCAUUGGGUUCUCAUCAGGAGUAUUAGUUCUCGUUGGUUCGCUUCUUUGCUUUGUGAUGGCUGUAAGGAAACAGAGGAACGAAAAACAGUCAAAAGCUAUAAUUUCUUCGGAUGGCGUGGCUGCAGAAGUGGCGGCAGUGAUGCAAAUAGACCAGCAAGAAAAUGAGUUGGAAGAGAAGAUAAAAAGAGUGCAAGGGAUGCAUGUGGGCAAGAGUGGGAAUUUGGUAUUCUGUGCGGGAGAGGCACAACUGUACAGUCUGGAUCAACUGAUGAGAGCUUCGGCUGAGUUGCUAGGUAGAGGCACUUUGGGAACCACCUACAAAGCUGUUCUGGAUAAUCGUCUGAUUGUUAGCGUGAAGAGGCUUGAUGCUAGUAAAUUAGGAAGCACUAGCAAAGAAAUUUUCGAGCGGCACAUGGAAUCAGUGGGCGGACUCAGGCAUCCCAAUUUGGUUCCACUCAGGGCAUAUUUCCAAGCUAGGGAAGAAAGGCUUCUCAUUUAUGAUUACCAACCCAACGGCAGCCUUCACUCUCUCAUACACGGUUCAAAAUCAGCAAGAGCAAAACCGCUCCACUGGACGUCUUGUUUAAAGAUAGCCGAGGACGUAGCCCAGGGCCUCUCCUACAUCCACCAAGCAUGGAGGCUUGUCCAUGGCAAUCUCAAGUCCUGUAAUGUCCUUCUUGGCCCUGAUUUCGAGGCGUGUAUUGCAGACUACUGCCUUGUCGUUCUCUCCACUUCAGUAUCAGAAGAUGACCCAGACCCAGAUGUCACGGCAUACAAAGCCCCAGAAAGUCGAAAUUCAAAUCAACAGCCAACAUCUAAAUCUGAUGUAUUUUCAUUUGGAAUUCUCUUGCUAGAACUUUUAACUGGCAAACCUCCCUCCCAGCUUCCGUUAUUAGUGCCUGAUGAUAUGAUGGGUUGGGUUAGGUCCACGAGAGAAGAUGACGGCGGAGAAGACAACAGGCUGGAAAUGCUUCUUGAGGUAGCUAUAGCUUGUAGUUUGACAUCACCGGAGCAGAGACCCACCAUGUGGCAGGUGUUGAAAAUGUUACAGGAAAUUAAAGAAACUGUAUUAAUGGAGGAUGGUGAAUUGGACCAGCAAAUUGGCAUGCUCUAAUUAUUAGCAUUUUGUACAAGUCAAGAUAUUUACUAAUCCAUAGAGUAAAAAGAAAAUUAGUAGGUGAUAUAAAUGCAGUGAUGCUCUUUUCGUGGUUUCUCCAUUCUAUGUAAGUAUUAUUUGUGGCAUUAUAUGCAGAUGUAUUUCUAGCCUA